AUGGCCAUCAUGGAAGACGACGUUGCAGCCAUCGUUAUUGACAAUGGUUCGGGAAUGUGCAAAGCCGGUUUCGCUGGCGAUGAUGCUCCCCGCGCCGUGUUUCCUUCGAUUAUUGGCCGUCCCCGUCAUCAGGGGGUCAUAAUUGGCAUGGGCCAAAAGGACUCCUACGUCGGUGACGAAGCCCAAUCUAAACGUGGUGUUCUAUCACUCAAUUACCCCAUUGAUCACGGAAUUGUUACCAACUGGGACGAUAUGGAGAAGAUCUGGCAUCAUACCUAUUUCAACGAGCUCCGUGUGGCGCCUGAGGAACACCCCGUCCUCCUGACAGAGGCCCCUAUUAACCCUAAAUCUAAUAGGGAAAAGAUGACCCAGAUUGUGUUCGAGACUUUCAAUGUGCCUGCCUUCUAUGUCUCUAUCCAAGCUGUGCUGUCUUUGUACGCUUCCGGCCGUACUACGGGCAUUGUCCUCGAUUCCGGCGACGGCGUUACGCAUGUAGUGCCCAUCUACGAAGGUUUCUCUAUGCCUCACGCCAUCGAUCGCGUUGACAUGGCUGGCCGUGACCUGACCGGCUACCUGAUGAGAAUCCUGGCCGAACGUGGCCACAGCUUCACUACAUCCGCCGAGCACGAGAUCGUCCGCGAUAUCAAAGAGAAGCUCUGCUACGUUGCUCUUGACUUUGAGCAGGAGAUCCAGGCCGCAGCCCAGAGUUCCAGUAUCGAAAUAUCAUACGAGCUUCCCGAUGGACAGGUUAUCACGAUUGGAAAUGAGCGAUUCCGAGCACCAGAGGCUUUGUUUAGACCUAGCCUACUCGGGCUCGAGAGAGGCGGUAUCCACGAGACUACAUUCAACUCGAUCCAGAAAUGCGACGUCGACGUUCGCAAGGACUUGUAUGGUAAUAUUGUCAUUUCUGGUGGUACUACGCUUUACCCUGGGAUUGCAGAUCGACUACAGAAAGAGCUCACUAAUAUGGCUCCUACGUCGAUGAAAAUCAAGGUGAUCGCCCCGCCUGAGCGGAAGUACUCGGUCUGGAUUGGAGGGUCGAUUCUGGCUUCACUCUCUACGUUCCAGCAGAUGUGGAUUUCCAAACAGGAAUAUGAUGAAAGCGGGCCUUCUAUUGUGCAUCGGAAAGCUUUUUAA